AUGUCAGCCGGAAGCGGUCAUCAUAGUCUAAUGGGAGGGGCACCUCACCAGGUUCCAGGACCAAAGACGCAGGGGCCUGCAACUGGAGGUCAACAACUUUCGGCUACCGCUAAUCAAUUUGUUGACAAAAUUGAUCCAUUUAGCAAACGGGGCACUAGCAGGAGAAGGAGGAUUGUUAAUAGCAGUCGCUAUCACGCAGAAAAUGAGCCUGAAUUGGUCCAGCUCCCCCUAAUUAAAGAUACUCCUGCAAACGAACAAUCUGCGCUUGUUCUGCAGAAACUUGUUCAAUGUCAAAAAAUAUUUGACUUCUAUGAUCCGGUUGCACAACUUAAAAGCAAGGAGAUUAAACGAGCCGCUCUCAAUGAACUAAUCGACCACAUAACCACUACUAAAGGAGCCAUUGUGGAAUCUAUUUAUCCAGAGGUGAUCAAAAUGGUUUCAAAGAACAUAUUUCGUGUCUUGCCUCCAUCAGACAACUCAGAAUUUGAUCCUGAAGAAGAUGAACCGACCUUGGAAGUUUCCUGGCCGCAUUUACAGCUUGUUUAUGAACUUUUUCUUCGGUUUUUGGAAUCGCCCGACUUCCAAGCAUCUAUCGGAAAGAAAUACAUCGACCAACGUUUCGUACUUAAUCUCCUAGAUCUGUUUGACUCUGAGGAUCCACGAGAGCGUGAUUUUCUGAAGACCGUAUUACACCGCAUCUAUGGAAAAUUCCUUGGUCUACGUGCAUUUAUUCGCAAACAAAUCAAUAACAUGUUCUUGUCCUUUGUGUAUGAAACGGAUUCUUUCAAUGGAGUAGGUGAACUGCUCGAAAUUCUCGGAAGUAUAAUCAAUGGAUUCGCGCUGCCGCUGAAGCAAGAACACAAGGUUUUUCUUGUGAAAGUUCUAUUACCACUGCACAAACCUAAAUGUCUCUCCUUGUACCAUGCACAGCUUGCAUACUGUGUUGUACAGUUUAUUGAGAAGGAUUCUAGCCUCACACCCCAAGUUUUUGACGCACUACUGAAGUUUUGGCCGAGGACUUGCAGCAGCAAGGAAGUCAUGUUCCUUGGGGAAGUGGAAGAAAUAUUGGAUAUAAUUGAGCCCGAACAGUUCAAGAAGAUUAUUGACCCUCUCUUCCGACAACUUGCAAAGUGCGUAAGCAGUCCGCACUUUCAGGUUGCUGAACGAGCUCUAUAUUUCUGGAACAACGAGUAUAUUCUUUCAUUGAUAGAGGACACAAGUGCACAGGUGAUGCCAAUCAUGUUCCCUGCGUUGUACCGGAUUUCCAAGGAGCACUGGAACCAGACCAUUGUAGCCUUGGUGUACAAUGUUCUCAAAACAUUUAUGGAAAUGAAUGGAAAACUCUUCGAUGAGCUCACCAGCACUUACAAAAUGGAGCGCCAAAAAGAGCGCAAACGAGAGAAGGAUAGGGAAGAUUUAUGGAAAAGGUUAGAACAAUUGGAACUAAAUCCGCCUGAUGCUAACAAUCCUCCACGCAUAUUUCCGAACACUCCACUGACUCAGUUUAUUCAGCCAAAACCGAUCGUGACCACCACUACAGCUAAGGAAGGCGAAAAAUCUCCUGCAAGCGGAAAGAAAAUAAACAGUGAGACUAGAAUGCUUCAACAAGUUGCACUUGUCUCGGCUGUUUUGUGA